UUGACAGUACACAAUCGUCGUAUUCCGAUGUGAUGAAAAGUUUGGUUAUGGUGUUGUUUGUGUUUAAAUUGUCGAUAAUACAUAUUUUGAAAAAUGUGAAAAUUAGUUUUCAGCGAUAAUAGCAGAGGGCAUGUAACGUGCUGAAUGAUUUGUGAUUAAAUAGAAAAUAAUGUUUGUAGGUCCCGACUGGGAUUACGACAAAACAGAAGAUGGCAGUCAAAAAAUUGCUGGUGAACUCCAACUGCGCAAGUACGGCAAGUUUUUGGAAGAUUAUGGCAAUCAGUUGAAAGGAAUAGAAGAAGCAUUAGCGGAAAGCAUAUGUAGCACAUUAGAUUGCAGAACUGACCCUGUUGGAAUCAAGCUUUCACCACAUGAAAAUACACCAUUGCUGCAAAUUAUUGAUACAGAUAACAAAGUUUUGAAUAAAGUUGUCACUGUAUUUGCUUCAUUGUGCAAAGAAGUGAGAUGCCUGCAAGCUGAUGCAAGUGACAAAUACUACAAUGCUCUUCUAUUUUAUGGUGAAGGAGUUGAAGAAGGGACAAAGAAUGAAGCUGCACAGUUGAUGAUUAGCCGUCUUUUACCCGAUCUACAAAGUUUAUCGUGCUUUUUGAAACGUUGUGAGCAAGUUGAAGUAAAUAUUAUACAGCAAAUUGCAGCACUGUAUCCAACUACAAAGGAUGUACCUCAGGUUAUAAAUGCAACAGACAUCCACUUUCAGGAUGUUUUUGAGCAUUUAGGAGAUCUCCUUUUGAUUUUGGUGACUCUGGAUGAGAUUAUAAGCACCCAGAGUACUUUACAUAAUCAUUGGAGCCUGUUCAAACGCACAAUCAAAUCUGUGCACCAUGAUCCAACAAAAUUUGGUGUUCCUCCAGAAAAACUCAAGACCUUUGAGAAAAUGUUGUGUGAACUGGAAAACCAAUUACUCACAGGAAAAAUAUUUCAGAGAGCAGUGGAACAGGCAUUUGAUGACAGAAAACCAUCAAUAAGUAAGAACACAGCACUAGCUGAAGAAUUUGAUGCAUAUCUCCGUAGUACUUCAGCUGAAUUGGAAGCAAGGCAGACAGAAAAACUAGAUUCAGAGUCAGCAUUACUCUGGGUGAAAACAAGUGCACUGUAUGUUCUUAAUUUUCAUUUAUUUGGAUCACUGGAUAAGAAGGUCUUCAAGCAACUGUGGGACUUCUCAAAAAAGGUACCUGCUGCAUCGUUGUAUGGAUAUGUCACUUGGUACCCUGAACGAUUUUUAUUGACUCAUAUACCAGCCAUGUCAAAAUUGUAUGAUAAAAAGGCACAGCAGAACUUGGAAUCUUUGCGUUUAAAUUAUUUGCAGCAGAAGACAGUCGGUGUUGUAAAAGAUUCACACACCUUUUCCCUUCAGGUUUGUUGCUGGAUGAUUCAGAUGGAGGCAUUAUUGAAAAGUGAACAUCAGAAUCUCAAAAUUGAGGAUAUUAGUCAUAGAUGCAAUGUUUUUCUACAGGGUGUCCAGUAUGCUUGUUGGAUAAACCAUAUAGUAAAAACUGUCACCAAUUUACAUGUUUCACUGUCCAAACCCAUGACUAAAACGGAGGUGAUGGCUCUGUGUAGACUGAUAGAAUUGCUGAAAGGGAUACAGCAUACUUACCAUGUACAUUAUACAACUACUUCAGAGACUGUGAACCACAUAUUCCAGCUAUUGUCAUAUCAAGCUCUAAUCAUAAUUACAAAUGUAAAGAAAGGUCUGGUGCAGGAUAAACGAUAUAGCGAAAAGCAUUUGGAUAUACUUUCAGCAUUAGUGCUUGCAGAAAGAGUUCUACAUGGUUGUGGUACAAAGGACAGACGUUUGGUGCUACGACUUGCUAUUUGUGCGGCAAAUCAGGGACACACAUUUCGUGAUGACUCCCUUGCCAGUCUAGUCAGCAUAGUCUAUAGACUGAAUGUGAUAUGUGAAUUACAGGAAAGAAUUGCUGAAGUGUGUAAUUGCUCAUUUAUGUACUGGCAUCGUGUCAUCUUACCAAUUUACUUUGAACAUUUAUAUGAAAAUAAAGCUGAUUUGCAUCGUGUGGUGUAUAUGUUUUGUGCCCUACACGACUGCAUUGGCGCCAUACUAAAAACCAAACAUAACUCAUCAGUUGAUGUCUUGAAACACACAUUCAGUGAAGAAGUCUGUGGGUACUUGCGUAAAAGUAUUGUGGUGCCAUUAUGUCAUAGCAUUGAAACAGAUCUGAGAUUACAUGUACAUUCGCAUCUGCAACUUGAGGAUUCAAAUCCCUUUAAUGUCGGAGUGAAGGACAACCUAUCAUUAUUAAAAGUUCAGCCAAUUCGUUUCAUGGAUUAUUACAUUGACAUUAAAGGUUAUGUGGAGCAUUACCUUGAUGAAACAUUUUACAAUCUGACAACAGUGGCUUUACAUGAUUGGAAAACUUACAAAGAAAUGAGAACACUUGCAAGGAAUAAGUUUGGACUGGUAACUGUGGAAGACCAUUUACCCAGUCAGACACUUGAACAGGGUCUGGAUGUUUUGGAAAUCAUGAGAAACAUCAAUGAAUUUGUGUGCCAGUACUUGUACAAUUUGAACAAUCAAAUUUUCAUUCAGCAUUCGAGCAGUAACAAGCAUCUCAACACAAUUAACAUUCGCCAUAUAGCAAAUUCAAUCAGAACUCAUGGGACUGGAAUUAUGAACACUGCAGUUAACUUCACCUAUCAGUUUCUUCGGAAAAAGUUUUUUAUUUUUUCCCAGUUCAUGUAUGAUGAACACAUAAAGUCACGCCUCAUAAAAGACAUACGAUAUUUUCGUGAAAACAAGAACCAGCUGGAAUCAAAGUACCCAUUUGACAGAGCAGAAAAAUUCAAUAGGGGAAUUCGGAAACUGGGACUGACAGCUGAUGGACAGAGUUAUUUAGACAAGUUCCGUACACUUAUUAGCCAUAUUGGAAAUGCUAUGGGUUAUGUGCAGAUGAUAAGAUCGGGUGGACUUCAUUGCUGCUCAAAUGCUACAAGCUUUAUACCUGAUCUGGAUGAUGUUGUGAACUUUGAAGAUCUCUGUGAAGAAGAAGGUUUGUCUCGUGAGUGCUGUGAAGCUGCUAAGAGACUUGAUCAAGUUAUUAGUAAUUUAACAAGAAACUUUGCUGAAGGAACAGAAUACUUCAAGCUUCUGGUAGAUGUAUUUGCACCUACUUUUCGUGAUCCAAAAAACAUUCACCUGAGGAAUUUUUUCGCCAUAAUUCCACCACUAACCAUCAACUUUAUUGAACAUUCCAUAACAUCUAAAGAGAAGAUGAGUAAGAAGAACAAAGUUGGAGCAGCCUUCACUGACGAUGGUUUUGCCAUGGGAAUAGCAUACAUUUUAAAACUCCUGGAUCAGCACGCGGAGUUUGAUUCUUUACAUUGGUUUCAGUCUGUGAGAGAUAAAUAUAGUAAAGACAAAGCAGCACUUACAGGUGAGAAUUCAGUGGUUUCCAAAGAUGAUGAAAAGUUACAGCAGACUAUGACAUUGACAGCAAAACGACUUGAUGCAUACAAGCAGGAAUUUGAUCUGCUGUACUAUACCCUGAGCAGUGCAAGGAUAUUCUUUCAGAAGGACAGUGUACCACUGGAACAAGAUAGUGUUAAGUAUGGGUCUCGGAGCAUUUUGUCAGGAAGUAGUUAACAGCUAAUAUAAAUUAGCUGAGAAUUACGACUGUCGUAUAUGUAUUUUGUAAAGUAUUGUGGGAGAAGAAAUGUUCUUGUUAUUGUAUGAGAGAAUUAUGAUUGUUUGAAUUAUUGGUGUAUGUUUAUAUUUAACAGAAAUUUUAUGUAUUGUUUACAUUAAAGAUGAAAUAAUGA